UAAGGAACUACUGCAGAUAAAAUUUAAGGUUAUAGGACUUGAUUAAGAAAUUGAUUAAAAAUAAUCUUGGGAGAAGAGGAGAACUGCAGGCACAAAGGGUAGCGGGAGCUGUGAGCGGGAUGGAGACGAUCCUGGAGCAGCAGCGGUGGUACCGUGAGGAGCAGGAGCAGCUCAUGGACAUGAUGGUGAAGGAGAUGCUCACCAAGAAGUCUAAGCUCCAUCACCAGAUCAACUCGGACCACCACAGCCGGGCCAUGCAGGACAGGUACAUGGAAGUGAGCAGCAACCUGCGGGAUCCGUAUGAUGACAAGGACAGCCUGUGUGAGGAAGAACUCAGUGCCAUUUCCGGGCCAAAUGAAUUUGUGGGAUUUUACUACAGACUGAAGCAAAUCAAGGAAUUUCACCAGAAGCACCCAAGUGAGAUCUGUGUUCCUAUGUCAGUGGAGUUUGAGGAGCUGCUGAAGGCCAGAGACAACCAGAGUGAAGAAGCGCAGAAUCUGGUGGAGUUCACAGAUGAGGAAGGGUACGGACGAUACCUGGAUUUGCAUGAUUGUUACCUCAAGUACAUUAACCUCAAAUCACCAGUGAAAUUAGAUUAUAUCACUUACUUAUCCACAUUUGACCAACUCUUCAAUAUUCCCAAGGAGAAAAAAAAUGCUGACUAUAAGAGGUAUCUUGAAAUGCUCCUUGAGUACCUGCAGGGUUACACAGAUCGAGUGAAACCAUUACUGGACCACAAUGAACUUUUUGAGAAAAUUCAGACGGAGUUUGGGAAGAAGUGGGAGAAUGGCACAUUCCCAGGCUGGCCAAAAGAGACCAGCAGUGCCCUCACCCAUGCUGGUGCCCACCUGGACCUCUCGGCCUUCUCCUCCUGGGAGGAACUGGCCUCCCUGGGACUGGACAGGUUAAAAUCGCUGCUGGCUUUGGGGCUGAAGUGUGGUGGGACUCUGGAGGAGUUGUUUCUCCACAUGGUUUGA